AUGGCUGAAAUUAAAUCUAUUUUACACGAACUGUAUGUGUUUUCGGAAUGGAAGCCCGAGCCAGAAUAUUUACAAAAGUCUGACAGCAUAUUACCGGAAAAUAUAUCGGCGGUUUGGCGUUGGUUUAAAUUUUUUGGCCCCAAAAAAAGUUUAAUUGACAGCGUAAGCACACAUAAAGAAAAGCAACAGAAAUGGCACAUUGCUCUGGGUGAUGAGGGGAAAGUGUUAGCUGUGCUCACUGAUAAUAUUUUAGAAAUAAGAACAAAACGUUCAGAGUAUGCUACAAUAGCAGCUAGAACCACAGUUAGCCGGGAUCCAUAUGCGCAAUGGCGUAAGCUGGUAUGGAGUCCAGACUGUUCGUUUUUGGUACUGGCAUAUGGUAAUGGUGUGGUCAGCUUCUUUGACCUGACUGCUUCAAACCUUUUCAAUAUUCCAGCAGAUUGUUCAAGACCUGGAGGUUUGGAAUGCACGGAUAACACACAUGCAAAAUAUUUAAAACUGCUUCAUAGAUAUAGAAAUAAGCGGGUUUUGAACGACGACCCAUUCUAUAAGCUGUCUGUGGUGUCCGACCAGUUGGAGGCGCGAUUAGCCAACGAGAAGUUUCAGCUCUACAUACCGUACAUUACCACCAGAACAUUGAACUUCGUGGUGCGAAUGGAGGUGUCCGCCGACGGCGCUAAGCUCGUCUGCGUGCAUUGCAACGGGGACGUGUCGCUGUGGCGGCUGCCUCUGCUGCGGCUGGAGAGGCGCUGGCCGCUCCAGCGCCAGCCCCACCACCGCCUGGAGAGCCCGCUGCGGCCCCAGGCGGCGAACAACAACCCCACCCACCACUACCACCCGGCCGACGUCAACUGGUGGAGCGAGGAGGAGAUAAUCUUGGCGCGAUUCAGCGGCGCCGUGAGCGUGUGCGAUCUAGAAGAGCUGAACAAUAUCCUCGGAAAAGGGCCCGAGUUCUUCCAAGGCACACCUCAGGUGACACGCGCACACGAGGGGGCCUUUAUGGUCUUGGAGUGCGAGUCCAACAUACUGCCAGCCAAGAAGUCUCGAAGCGAUGAAAGUAUGGAAGUGGUGAAAGUGGAGGAGGCAGCAGAUGACUCGACGCUGGAACUGACCAAGGAGCUGCUGAAGACGGUGCUGUACGCCAUCACGGACAUGGAGACCUUCCAGCCGAAGCCCAAGAAGAUCACCGUCGUGUCGCGGAUAUACCGGCUCUUGGGCGUCAAGAGCACCACCCCCGACGAGCUCUUCUCCAGGAAGAUCGAGAGCGGGCACUAUGCGGAGGCCCUAGCCCUGGCCGACAGAUUCGGCCUAGACAGCGACCUUGUUUACCAGCAGCAAUGGAGGAAGAACCCCGUCUCCACGCACGCCAUCCACAACUACCUGAGUAAAGUUUCGAAGAAGAUUUGGGCGGUGCACCAGUGCGUGGACCGCCUGCCCGAGACUCUGUCGGCCGCCAAGGAGCUGUUGCAGUUCGGACUGCAACUCACAAACGAGAGGAUUCUCGAUGAAAUCAACAAGGACCGUGAUGAAGAUGAGCAUAAGGAUCCAAACGACAUCACUCUGGAGGAUUUGAACGCGUACACCAGCGAGCUGCUGCGAUGCCGGCACGUCAUGCUGUACUAUAGGGAGAGGCUCAGUCUCUAUGAAUCGAUCCUGUCGAGCGAGAAGUGUGCGUACAACAAGGAGGAGUACGCGCGGCUGCGCAGCGGCAGCGUGGUGCGCAGCGCCGUGGAGCUGGCCAAGGAGGGGCGCGUGGAGGCGCUCACGUGCCUCUGGCCGCUGCUGCGCGGGCCGAGGCCGCGGCUGGCCGUGCUGGACUGGCUGCCGGAGACGCUCAACCCCGUGCUCUUCCAGCACCUGCUGCCCUCGCCGCGCCCGCUGCACACCUUCGCCGAGUGCACGCCCGUGCACUUCCCCACGCCGCACUACACGCACGACUGGUGCAGGAAGCGCACAUUCAGAUCGAUCUGGAGCUCGGACUGGUCGGAGGAGGGCGAGUGGGAGGGCGGCGCGGAGGGUGCGCUGGGUGCGGCGGAGGGCGAGGAGAGCGAGGGGAGGGAGGAGAGCGAGACGGGGGCGGACGAGGAGGGGGAGGAGGAGGAGGACGCGUUCGGGGCGUGGUGCGAGCGGCGCGCCAGGCAGGUGGUGAAGCGCACCGGCCUGGCGUCGCACGCGCUGGCGCUGGUGUCGCUGGCGGCGCUGGGCGGCGGCGUGCAGGGCCUCGACCACCUCAUCUUCCACCUGCUCACGCUCACCACGCUGCUCUACGACCUCAACGUGGAGGAGUACACGCUGCGCGACGUCGAGGCCAUGUCCACGCUCGACACCUGCACCGCGCUCAUGAAAGUGUCGACGCCGGAGAGUUUCGUGGCCGACCUCAAGGAGUUCGUGGUGCCCUACCUGAAGCGGUACGAGAGGCUGAUGAACCGCCCCGAAGCCUGUCUCUACGGCCUCAUGGACUUCCUGGAGAGCAAAAGCGUCACGGACCUCUCCCAUAUAUUGCUGGUGUUGCAAUCCCCGACGGAGUUCGAGCUGGACAUCCGCACCCACCUGGAGCUGGCUGAGCGGUGCCUCUUCGCGCACAACAGCACCGACCAGCUGGACAUGGCCUGCGAUUUGCUCAACACUAUACUCAAGGAGAGCGACGGCAGCAUCUCGACGGGCGAGCUGGUGCGGCGCGUGGCGGCGCUGGAGCGGCUGGUGGGCGGCGCGUCGCGGCUGGCGUGGCGCGGGCUGCGCGUGCCGCUGCGCGAGCUGCGCGACCUGCGCGCCGACGCGGACGCCGCGAGGCGCCUGCUCGCCCGCCUCGCGCGCGACCUCGCCAAGGGUGAGAAAAAGCCGACACCACAGGACUGGGAGAAUCUUCUGAAAGACAUGCUGGAGCUCCAGAGCACUCUAUUCGAUUGCGUUACUAAGGAGAAGUGUUACGAGAUCUACGCGGCGGCGCUGCUGGCGUCCGGCGACGUCGGCGCCAUCCGGCUCGCGGGCGGCGUGCUGAGCGUGUCGGCCGCGCAGCGCCGGCCGCCGCCCGCGCUGCCCUACGAGCGCUCGCUGCAGCUGGUGCUGGCCGCCUCGGCCGAGUACUUCAACUCGGCCUCCUCCAUCGCCGACCCCGCCCUGGACCUCGCCAGAUGCUGUCUCAUCUUGAUAGAGGACGAACAUGAGGACAUUCGGAGAGAGUUGGACUUCAAUGAUGCCCUGAAAAUACUCACCACAUUCAAUUUGAAAAUUCUUCCAAUUCAAUUUCGGCUCUGCGGGAACAAGAUGAGCCUGAUCGAGGAGUGUUUGAAAUUAAACCAGAACGCCUAUCUUGCCAGUCAUAAGCUACUGAAACUAGCUAAACUGCUGAGGAUCGCGGGAGACGACGAGCAGACACGCGAGGGCAUGGUGCUGCAGCGCGUGUGCGAGGAGGCGCUGGACGCGGGCCCGCGCGGCGCGGCGGCCGCUGUGGGCGCGGCGCGCCGGCUGGCGGCGCUGCGGCACGCGCCCGCCGCGCCGCUGCUCGCCGCAGUCGCGCGCCACCCGCCGGCGCGCGCGCACGCCGACCGGCACGCGCGGCGCGCGCUGCUCGCCGCCUCCGCCGCGCACUGCCACGCCGCUCAGCUCGACGGCGUGCUGCGCGCCAGGCUAGCGCUGGAGAUCGAGGACAUGGAGCAGUUGAGCACGUUGGUGAAGACACAACGGCACCUGGUGGCUUCGCGGUACCCUUCCGUCGAGGAAGAGUUCUCCGACGCCAUUACCACCCCAGUCAUCGAGAAUAAGGACCUCGUGGUACCAACUCAAAAAGUUCCAAUAUUCAAUUACCUGAUUGAAACAUUCCAGAGCAAUUUCCAUUUCGAUGAGUCGGCCGUGCGGGCGCCGGACGAGGGGGCCGAUGCGGGUGAGGGGGAGGCGCGGGCGGCGGUGCGCUGCCCGGAGUUCUACCGCAGCCUGUACCCGCAGCACGGCGCGUGGGGCCACGGCUACGACCGCUUCUCGGCGAGCGGUGCGCCGCGCGGCGUGGCGGGCGCGCUGCUCUCCUGGUACUGCGUGCAGGCGAGCUUGGACGACGCGCACGCCUCGGCCGCCGCUCCCCUCGAGGCGCUCGGUACUUACGCACCCACAUUAAGACUUGUCUGCUCCCUAACCGAGCAAAGCACUGAUUGCGCUAGAUAUAUAAAAAGCAUUUUUAAACUUACGCCCCUUCGUUCG